AUGGACGUGGGCUGUGAAGGAGAGGGUGGAGUCAUGGGUCAUAUGAGGCUUCUGUUGGAUAACUGGGUACACGGUGGUGUACCCCACGGCAUAGGGGUCAUGGCAGAAGGGUAUGGAGUUUACUAUGAUAACUGGUUAAAGUCAUAUGGCUAUCUGCUUCCCUAUGACUCACGGGCACCCGCGCUGCACUCAGGGAAGGUCUUACAGUCAGCAGUCUCCACUAUGCAGCAGUUUUAUGGGAUCCCAGUCACCGGUGUGUUGGAUCAGACAACAAUCGAGUGGAUGAAGAAACCCCGCUGUGGUGUCCCUGAUCACCCCCACUUAAGCCGUAGGCGGAGGAACAAGCGCUAUGCCCUGACUGGACAGAAGUGGAGACAAAAACACAUCACCUACAGCAUUCACAACUACACCCCAAAGGUGGGGGAGCUAGACACACGGAAAGCAAUUCGCCAGGCUUUUGAUGUGUGGCAGAAGGUGACCCCGCUGACCUUUGAAGAGGUGCCAUAUCAUGAGAUCAAAAGUGACCGGAAGGAGGCAGACAUCAUGAUCUUCUUUGCUUCUGGUUUCCAUGGCGACAGCUCCCCAUUUGAUGGAGAAGGGGGAUUCCUGGCCCAUGCCUACUUUCCUGGCCCAGGGAUUGGAGGAGACACUCACUUUGAUUCAGAUGAGCCAUGGACACUAGGAAAUGCCAACCAUGAUGGGAAUGACCUCUUCCUGGUGGCUGUGCACGAGCUGGGCCAUGCGCUAGGACUGGAGCACUCCAACGACCCCAGCGCCAUCAUGGCGCCCUUCUACCAGUACAUGGAGACACACAACUUCAAACUGCCUCAGGAUGAUCUCCAGGGCAUCCAGAAGAUCUACGGACCCCCAGCUGAGCCCCUGGAGCCCACCAGACCCCUCCCCACGCUCCCCGUCCGCAGGAUCCACUCACCAAGUGAGAGGAAACAUGAGCGCCAGCCCAGGCCACCUCGGCCGCCCCUCGGGGACCGGCCGUCCACACCGGGCGCCAAACCCAACAUCUGUGAUGGCAACUUCAACACAGUGGCACUCUUCCGAGGCGAGAUGUUUGUGUUUAAGGAUCGCUGGUUCUGGCGCCUGCGCAAUAACCGGGUACAAGAGGGCUACCCCAUGCAGAUUGAGCAGUUCUGGAAAGGCCUGCCUGCCCGCAUAGAUGCAGCCUAUGAAAGGGCUGAUGGAAGAUUUGUCUUCUUCAAAGGUGACAAGUACUGGGUAUUUAAGGAGGUGACGGUGGAGCCUGGGUACCCCCACAGCCUGGGGGAGCUGGGGAGCUGUCUGCCCCGAGAAGGCAUUGACACAGCUCUGCGCUGGGAACCUGUGGGCAAGACCUACUUUUUCAAAGGCGAACGGUACUGGCGCUACAGCGAGGAGCGGCGGGCCACGGACCCUGGCUACCCCAAGCCCAUCACUGUGUGGAAGGGCAUCCCACAGGCUCCCCAGGGGGCCUUCAUCAGCAAGGAAGGAUAUUACACCUACUUCUACAAGGGCCGGGACUACUGGAAGUUUGACAACCAGAAACUGAGUGUGGAGCCAGGUUAUCCACGCAACAUCCUACGUGACUGGAUGGGCUGCAACCAGAAGGAGGUGGAACGGCGGAAGGAGCGGCGGCUGCCCCAGGACGAUGUGGACAUCAUGGUGACCAUCAAUGAUGUACCAGGCUCUGUGAAUGCCGUGGCUGUGGUCAUCCCCUGCAUCUUGUCCCUCUGCAUCCUGGUGCUGGUCUACACCAUCUUCCAGUUCAAGAACAAGGCAGGCCCUCAGCCUGUCACCUACUAUAAGCGGCCAGUCCAGGAGUGGGUGUGA